CGAUAUUAAAUCACUUACUCUUGAAUCAAAAUCUAUGGAACGUAUUCUUCGUGUUGCUGAUUAUCCUAAUCUAACUGAACUUAAACUUUAUAAUGUUAACAAUCAUAUUAUUUCACAAUAUUUUACAAAUUUUAAUCAUGUUACGGACUUGAUGGUACAUGAUAUAAAGCCAUUCGAUCAUGAAUUUUUUCUUCGAAUCGCACGCUUUUUUCCUUUCCUUAAAAUAUUAAGUGUUAUUAAUUUUAAACCACAUUCAAGGAUGGACGACUAUUGGAAUAUUGACUAUAAUCCAUUGUAUUCAAUUGUUGAAUAUCCAAAUCUAAUUUCACUUGAUCUACGGUCGAGUCAUACUCAUUAUAUCGAUCAGUUUCUCGAUCAGAAAAGAACACAUCUACCAUGUCUAACCAAAUUAGCAGUCAAUUAUCAUGGAUUACAAAUGGUAACAGACAACUUUACAAGGAAUGCAAGUCUACGCAAUUGUGCUCAAGUGAAAGAAUUACUUUUUGAAAGACCAUUAAAACAUACAAAACAUGUCUAUAAUUAUUUUCCUCUCUUGCAAUCUUGUUUUUCUUGUCAUUAG